GAGCAAGCGUUCACCCGUUUUGCCCGCCGCCAGACUCUGGGUCUUUCUAUUUCUGCUCUCGCUACGAGACUCCAAUCGCGAUCCGUACGGGAUCAGAAGCGGUGUAGUUACUGAUAGUUACCCGGCGGUGCGUGUGUCAAGUGUCCCGGCUUUCGUUUCAAAAUGUAUCGUGGUACAUUGUUUGUGUGUUUUGCUGUUACUUUUUAUUGUGUAAUUGCCGGAUCGGUUUCACCCCCGGGAUCUACGGGGGAACCUUGUCAACCUGACAAGCUCACCGUUUAUAAAGUUGUUCUGCAUACCUUCUGGUCCAGGGAGACUUUUCCAAAACAUUAUCCCGAUUGGAGACCGUCCGCUCAGUGGUCCAAAGUAUUCGGACGAAGCCAUGACAAAUCGUUCACACUCUUCCGUUUGGGGCAGAAAUCAUCGGCUGGAAUAAAAGAAUUCGCCGAAACUGGUCGAUCUGAAUUACUUGAAGAACAAAGUCAAGGAGAAGGGGGGGUAUACGAUGAAUUUAACGCACCGCCUAUACCGUCCGGUGUGGGUAGAACGGAAACUGAAUUUUUCGUUGAUGGAAAUCAUUCAAAGGUGUCGCUAAUGUCCCGGAUAGUGCCCUCACCGGACUGGUUUAUCGGUAUCGAUAGUUUCGACCUUUGCGUUAACGGUAAUUGGUUGGACAGCAUCACAAUCGAGGUUGAUCCGAUCGACGCUGGAACAGACAACGGUUUCACCUUUACAGCACCGAACUGGCCCACCGACCCUCAAGGAGAAAUAUACAAAAUCACCGCGCAUUAUCCAGCUCAUCCUGCAGGAUCAUUUUUCUAUCCUUAUCUAAAAAGGCUACCGCCUAUAGGAACCUUCCAAUUUAUCAAGGUGAAAGAAUACGAGUUGAGCGAAGUAUUUCAUCACGAAGAAGACGAAAACCAAUACGAAGUUUUGAAAAUGGAACAUUUACCUCACAAUUCUAUAAACGUUUUUAAUGGCAAUAACGAUAUUCAAACAGCAAUCGAAGAAGAAAGAGAAGAACAAGAAUUACAUCCGAAGCUAAAACCGAGACCAAGAAUUUUCAAACAAUUCACUUUAUCGACUCCAUAUUCGACUACGCCACUGAAAAAUGAUUUUUACGCUGUGGAAGACAGAAUGUCAAACACGAUAAAUCAAGGAGACGACGUCGCAACUCCAUCAUCUGCGUCAAUUCCUGCAGUUUUACCACGAGGAAAUAAAAACGCCAUAAUGCACAGUAUAGCCGAUUCGUAUAUGGCUCAUUCAGAAAAGAAACACAAGAAAUACCACAAAGUUAAGAAAAGCUAUCCGAAGAAAUUCCGUCCACCACGUGAUUGCCGGGUUUCCGAUUGGUCGGCAUGGAGCGCAUGCAGCAAAUCUUGCGGCAUCGGAGAGAUGCAACGUCGCCGAGAAGUGACUAAACACGCUAGAAGAGGAGGACGACUGUGUCCUCCGUUGGUGGAGACGAAAUGGUGCGGAUCUGCAAGAUCAUGCAACAAACAAUACUUCAAUUGGUAAUUAAGACCUUUUUUCACCUGUUGAGUGUAUAUCUGUGUGAAUAAAUACUGUUCUGUGAUGGUGCCCUGUUUCGGACUUUUCGAGACUACAGCUUCAGAAAAGCGCGGGUUGGGUGGCCACGACAAACGAUGAAAACUUGAAUACACAUCAAUAUUAUAAGUAUUUUUAAAAGAUAAUAAUUAAUUUGUAAGAAAAGACAAUCGACUUUUUGCUAUAAAGUAUAUUCAAUUUUUUUUGGUACCCUAUUCACGUUGGGUACUGAAAUUUGUUUUUUAGGCAUCAGAUAAUUUGGAAAUCCACUUAAAACUUUUAUUGUAUGGUAACUUGAAUGUUUUUGUUGGGAAUAGAAAAUUUUGAGAAAGACGUUUAGGUGCCUUAUUUUUUAAUUAACUUUCAGCACUUUCAAGGCAUGAUUUUAAUAGAAAUUUGAAAAGACCGACACUUUCUACUUCAAAAUUCCACUUUUAUUCAAUUCUGUUCAUUGUUUAUCAUUUUGUUGGCUCAUACCCUAUUGAUUUGGAGUUUUUACUUUGUUUUUACUCAGGUCACUUGCUUUUCAUCCAUUGUCUAAAGAUCCCUGCAAUACAUACAUACAUAAGUAAUAUACUACUUUUUUCAGUCGUUAACCACAUCAUUAAAAUUAAAAACGUAUUUUUCUCUGACCUCCGAAUUCUUGAACCACUUUUUUGCUUUCAUAUGUUUCAUUAUCUCGAUGAAACAACACUUUCUUUUGAGUCAAAUACUUGAUUUCUUCGCUCAAACCGUGCAAUAAGUUCGCGCAAUACUCGUAGUUGACAGUUUUUCCUUUUUCAAGGUAGUGAAUGAGAAUUAUCCCAAGCGAAUCCCAAAAAAAACAGACACCAUAACCUUGCUGGUAGGUGGAACGGUCUUUGCCUUCUUUUGAUCCGGUUCUCCCAUUGUUUUGAUUGUUUUCUUCGUUUCGGGUAUAAAAUGAUGAACUCACGUUCCAUCCAUGGUUAUGAAACAGCGCAAAAAUUGGGCUCCAUUUCUGUGAAACAUUGCCAAACACUCGAUGGAAACAUCUUCACGACUCUGUAAAAAUUUUCAGUUAAUAUACGAAGUACGGCACUUUUUGAAUUGCUUACUAUAUCGUCUAGCUCAUGUACUUUCAGUCGACGAUCAUCCGGUACCACUUUGAGGAUUUUCUUCAGCAAUUCUGUAGUCGUUACCUCAUUUGGUCGACCACUGCGAUGCUUGUCUUCGCAGGUCGUACGGCCUCGUUUAAACUCUGCUACCCAAUAUUUUACUACUGAUUAAGUACUGAAAUUUGAUUUUUUAGACAUCAGAUAAUUUGAAAAUCCACUCAAAACUUUCAUUGUAUGGUACUUGAAUGUUUGAAUUUUCAAAAAACGUUUAGGUGCCUUAUUUUUUACUUUGUUCAUCAUUUUCAAGGCAUAAUUUUGACAGAAAUUUCAUUUGAAAAGAUCGAAAUUUUCUACUACAAAUUUCCACUUUCAUUCAAUUCUGUUCGUUGGAUAUCUGGAGAUUUCUUAUCUUUUUUACACGUGUCAUUUGCUUUUCAUCCAUUAUCGAAAUAUCCAAGCAGUACGUAAAAGUCAGACAUUUUUUGCUUAUAAGUCAUACACUACUUUUUUUAGUGGUUAACUUCUGAAGUAUAAACAUAUUUUUCUUUGACCUCCAAAUUCCUAAGCAACUUUUUUGCUUUAGCUUAAUUUUAGUCUUUUUCAUAUACUCCAAGUGCGAUUUUUUUGAAGAUUGUGACCUAUCAUCAUAUUAUUUUGUGUCACAUUUAUAAAAAGUUGAAUGGUCAUUAUUUUCGGUCCUGGGAAGACCCUCCACUUAAUAGUUUUCUACUUUUUCUACUCAGUCUAUUAGAAUCCUCAUAUCCAAUAAUUUGUUGAUCGUGCAGACAAUCAUCACUUACAAUUUUGCUUUACAGAACAUGUGUCUUACAUUUUUUCGUAAGUCUCAUCAUUUAGUUGCUUAUUUUAAAAUUUCUAAACGAAUAAGCGCGAUGAAAUGAGAAAUAUAGAUUUUUGUAGAAAUCUUACCGUUUUACAAAAAACAUUUUUUUGAUUAAAUUAAGCAUCUCAAAGUUAUUCAUGUCCAAACUUAAAUGUGUAUUGAUAUAAACGGUUUCGGAUAUUUAAUUUACAAGAUUUUUUAUCGACAUUAUUGAUUUCAAAGUAAUCCAAACGGCUUUUUCAGAAUGAAUAAUUCAAAAUAAUAUUUUGGAAAAUGAACAUUACUACCAUUUAUCAUUCGUACAACAAUGUAUAUAUCACUUUACAAACUUUCUAAAAAGUCAAAAUUCAAUUAUAAGAUAUUGCAUUGCGUGAUAUGGCAAAAGUUACCCUAUUACCAGCUCUGUAUUAAGUUGCAUCUUUUUUUAUACAGUAUACUUAUAUACAGUUUCUCUUUUUGCUUCAUAAUGGUGCCUAAAUAGUAUAGUUUCAAGGAUAUGUCAUAUUAUAAUCAAAACGAAACGAAUUGAAUGGAAAUACUUAUAAACCACCUCAUUUUUUAUCGUUUUCGAAUAUACAAUAACAUCUUACGAUCUUUCUGAAACUAUUUUUUCGUUGUUAUAUAUGAUAUGAAUCACCUUGAAUUUAAAAAUCAAUGUUAUUAAUUUUGGAAAUUCAAAUUGUUGUAAAGAAUUUGAAUAAUUUCAAAUAUAGAGGAACAGUAUGGAAAAUUAAUGUUCUCUAAAGCUCUUUCCGAUCCUUUGCUAUUUCAUUCUUCUGUCGUAUUCUUUUUCUUUUCCAUCCCCCUUCCUAGGCUACUUGUUUUAACCAAGCUUUCCCGGAUCUUCCUGUCCUUCUUAUCUCAUUUCUUUGUGGUGUUCUUCUCAUUAUGGGUCCGUACUAGUUUUAAAAUUUGUUCCUGUUGGUGCUUUUUUAUAUUUGCAUUGUUGUUUCAUCUCUGUAUAUCUUUAUUUAUAUGUCUUUGCCUUUUUCUUUUCUCCCAAAUAGUCUAUAGUAUAUUUGAUUGGGUUUUUUCACUGUAUUGAAAUGUGGUCACCAAAUCUAGCUUUUCUCCUCUUAUUAUAAGAUCUUCCCCAUGUUCCCUCUUUUAGUUUACUACAAUCCUUUCGCCUUUUUUGGUAUUUUCUUCGGCCUCUAUUUUUUCUUCCAUUUUCUUGUUUCUAUCUCCUACCAUUACUGCAUAGUCGCAUAUACUCGUCCGUCUAGUUUCACCAAUUCUAGGUUUCUGUAACCAAUUAUUGUCUUCUUCUUCUUCUUGAUUUUCCGAUAUUUUUUCGUCUAUUUGAACCUUCCCUCUAACGUUUUCAUAUAUGCUUCUUGUUAUCUUCAUUAUUUUUCCACGGAUUUCUAGUUUUCUCACACUAUCCCAUAUCAUUUCCUUAUGUAGUGAGUCGGAUGCAGCUUUUAAAUCUAUAAAUGUAACAUGUAAUUAUUAUUUCUGUUCUAUUUUACUUUCUAUUCAGCUCCUUAGUGUAUAUGUCAUAUGUCGUUUGUUUCUUCUUUCUAUAUGCAAUUUCUUCUUUCUCCAUUUCCUCAUUUAUGUCUCUGUAAUUCUCAUACAUUAGGUCUGUUCCUUUUACGAUGAUGGUCCCAGAAAUACCUAGCCCAACGAAGAAAACAACAAUUUUUCUUGCGAUGUUCAAUAAGUUCGAUAACCGUUUCAUAAUAAGAAUCGUCAAGCUUCUCAAAAUAGCUAUUAACUGCUGAUAUCACCUCUUCAUUCUUGGAGAGUCUUUGACCGCCGAGCUGGGAAAAGAAAAUGAUCUAAAGGGGCUAAAACUGGCGAAUAGCAAUUCAAUCCCCAAUUCAUUAAUUUUACCAUUGCAAUAACGGAUGUGUGAUCUGGUGCAUUGUCUCUAUUAAACACUUUCUUCUUGGCCACAUGCGGCCAUCUUUGCUUGAUCUCUUCGUUCAAACGUUGCAAUACGUUUGCAUAAUAUUCGCCGUUAAUAGUUUUUCCUUUUUGAAGAAACUCAAUGAAAAUUAUCCCAAACGCAUCCCAAAAAAACUGAUACCAUAACCUUGCCGGCAGAUGGAACGGUCUUUGUCCUCUUUUGAAUUGGUUCUCCUUUUUCAGUCCAUUGUUUUGAUUGCUUAUUAUUCCGGGUGUGAAUUGAUGAACCCACGUUUCAUCCAUGGUUAUGCGAAAAAUAGGCUUCAUUUCUAUGAAAAAUUGUCAAACACUCGAUGGAAACACCUUUACGAUUAUGUCCAAAUUUUCAGAUAAUAUACCGCACUUUUUGAAAUGCCUACUAUGUCUGCUAGCUCUUGCACUUCCAGUCCAGUACCUCUUUGUUGAUUUUCUUCAACAUUUCCGGAAUUGUCACCUCAUUUGGUCGACCACUGCGAUGCUGGUCAUCGCUGGUAGUAAGGCGUCUUUUAUAUCUGCCACCCAAUAUUUCACUGUUAAUAAAGAAGUUUUUAUAGCUUUUAUAUUGGUUGGUCUUUCAAAUAAAAAUAUAGAAUCACACAAUCCAUGCUUAGAAAUUCACUGAAAUUGUUCACUUUUGAUGGCCGCCAAACAAAUAUCAAACAGCGUGGCGUCCGUAUAGAUUGUGUACUUUCUAAUACAGCAAUUACUGCCAUCUCUAGGUCAAGCCUGCUACUUCUGGAACCUUUUUCGUAUAUAUAUAUAGGGCUAUCAACUUAUAUUUUUUUCAGUCUCUGGGUAUUUUGUUUGUGUUCCUUGCUAGAUAAAAUAUUUUUGAAUACCAUCUCUCUCAAUUAGAUCAAUUUUGUCAUAAAUUUUAUUCAGUUAUGUUCUCUAACGGUAGAUAUACAAAACAAAGAAAUUCAGGUAGCUUUUGAUGUCACUGAUGUUAAAAAUUUUUUCCGCUGAUAUGCUAUAAGCUUUUUUUAAUAUAUGACCGAGAACCGUUAUUUUUGUUUAUUAUAAACCUGUAAUUCUAUUUUAAAUUGUUGAUAAGAACAUUUUGAUAUUCACAAAAACAUGAUAUACCCUUGACAUUUUUAUUUUUCGAUGAGAAAUAGUUUGAUUCCACUAUUUUUAGAACUACAUUUAUUUCAUUUCCAAAAAUUAAAUUUUUUUUGAGCUAACUUCCUUUAAUUCUUCUUUUCGUCCUACAGAAACUCCAAUUCAGAUUUUAUUUCAUCAAACUAUUUCUCAAUUUUGAAUAUUUAUCAUUUUAUACCAAAAACUUUGUAAAAAUUGCCAUUAAAAACAUUCUUUUUUGUAUAUAUAUAUAACGUAGGUACAAACCUUAGUCGUUAGUGCAAAAGUCAAUGGAAAUUUCUAAGUAAAAAAUGUUACAAAGUGUUCUAUUUAUAUUAAUUUUUAUGCCUACACAGAUUGUCCCGAACCUAUCGCUCUUUAAAUCGAUAUAUAUGCAUGGAUGAUAUGGGACAUCCUGUCAAUUUCACAGCAUUAAGCUAUUCUUAAACCAAAUAUCUCUUUACUUAAUGAAAUUUAACAUAGGCUAAGUUUAUAAUUAAUAAUAAGUUGUAUAUGAAUGUAUAAUUGUACUAAUAAAUGGUUUUUAGUUUUGAAUAUUGUCAGGCUCAUAUUGUGUAACCAUCAAAAUCAAUAAACGUUAUAUUUAGAUAA